GGAAGUUUCGAAUUGUCGCGUCACUUCCGCCGCGUGACGCAGCCGCGGGUCAGAGGCGGCUGCAAAAUGGCGGCUCCGGAGGAGCGGGAGCUGUCGGCGGAGCAGACCGAGAAGCUGCUUCAGUUCCAGGAUUUGACUGGCAUAGAGUCCAUGGACCAGUGUCGUCACACACUGGAACAGCAUAACUGGAACAUCGAGGCAGCUGUCCAGGACCGAUUGAAUGAACAAGAGGGUGUCCCAAGUGUUUUCAAUCCACCACCUUCUCGACCGCUACAAGUCAACACUGCUGACCACAGGAUCUACAGCUAUGUUGUUUCGAGGCCUCAGCCAAGGGGCUUGUUAGGUUGGGGUUACUAUUUGAUAAUGCUUCCAUUCCGAUUUACAUAUUACACGUUACUUGAUAUAUUUAGGUUUGCUUUGCGUUUCAUACGUCCUGAUCCUCGUAGUAGGGUCACUGAUCCUGUGGGUGACAUUGUUUCAUUUAUUCAUAUGUUUGAAGAAAAAUAUGGAAGAAUACAUCCUGUCUUCUACCAGGGAACAUACAGCCAGGCACUAAAUGAUGCAAAAAGGGAGCUGCGUUUCCUCCUAGUUUAUCUUCAUGGUGAUGAUCAUCAAGACACGGAUCAAUUCUGUCGCAACACACUUUGUGCACCUGAAGUAAUUGCUCUCAUAAACACCAGGAUGCUCUUCUGGGCUUGUUCCACAAACAAACCAGAAGGAUACAGAGUGUCUCAGGCUCUGCGUGAGAACACCUACCCAUUCCUGGCAAUGAUCAUGCUGAAAGAUCGCAGAAUGACUGUGGUUGGAAGGUUAGAAGGACUCAUUCAACCAGAUGACCUCAUUAACCAACUGACAUUCAUCAUGGAUGCCAACCAGACAUACUUGGUGUCAGAGCGCCUGGAAAGAGAAGAGAGAAACCAAACUCAGGUGCUGAGACAGCAGCAGGAUGAGGCAUAUUUGGCUUCCUUACGGGCAGAUCAGGAGAAGGAGCGCAAGAAAAAAGAAGAACGAGAGAAGAAGAGGAGAAAGGAGGAAGAGGUACAGCAACAGAAGCUGGCAGAGGAAAGACGAAAACGGACUUUGCAGGAAGAGAAGGAACGAAGAUCUGAAUGCCUUCCACCAGAGCCACAUCCUGAUGACCCAGAGAGCGUCAAGAUCAUCUUCAAGAUGCCCAAUGACUCUAGAGUCGAGAGGCGAUUCCAUUUCACGCAGUCUUUAACAGUGAUCCAUGACUUCCUAUUCUCUUUGAAAGAGAGCCCAGAGAAGUUCCAGAUUGAGGCCAAUUUCCCUCGCCGUGUUCUGCCCUGCCUUCCUACAGAGGAGUGGCCCAAUCCGCCCACGCUGCAAGAAGCUGGACUCAGCCACACGGAAGUUCUUUUUGUGCAGGACCUCACGGACGAUUGAUGUUUUUUCCCACCCCGAAAUACAGAGAUGGAAAGAUUCCUAUUAUAAUACAAUAUUUUUUUUAAAGACUGCUGCAUACAAAUGAGGGAUCAGAGACCAUGUGGCCUGGGCCUGCCACAUUAUGUGUCUGCACUGGCAGGAGAAAGUGCACACGCGCACACACGCAACCCUUUUUACAUUCAGAGGGUAAUGGGAGAAGGCACAGUUGCCCUCCCAAGAGAUGGUCAGAAAUGGCAGCUCUCGAUAAAUAUUGCUUUUAUUGAAAAUAAUAUACUCUGACAUUUUGACAAUAGAAAAUCUGAUGUUUUGCUGCUUGUGACAUCCAGAAGACCUUACCUGUGGGCCAGGUUGACAUCUUCUGCCCUGGCUGAGGAGGGAUGGGGCAGAGAGUUGUUUCUUCCAGCUUCUCACUCUGUAUAAAUCUCUUUAAAAUUUCUUUUGCUUUGUAAUGACCAAAGGAGAAUGGGAUAAUAAUGGUGUUUUCUUUUUUUAAACAAGGAGCUGGUUGACAUUCUUAACAACAAGGGUUCUUCUUCUCCAGGGUUGUUAGCCUGCGUAGUGUAAUAAACUCUGCCUCUAGUGUGCCUGUGCUAACACCUCGACUGUCAGUGUUUUACUGCCUACAUGGAUGGCAUCUGGGCCAGAUGUAGCUAGAAGGGACAGUCUGCCCCAGCUGAUGCUGAGACAGCUGAAGGGGCUCUUAGGCCACAUUAUCACAUCAGUCCUUUUUAAUACCUCAAAUAGUCGUGCAAGUUUGCCUUGGCACACUCCAGUGAAGGCUUUGACUAUGUUAGGAUGUGGUAUUUUCACCCUGACCAUGCUGAGGUAUCUGCAGAAGUGAUUGGAAGGAAAGAGCUAUGCUAACUUAAAUGAGAGUGGUAGAAAUUUUUGCAGAGCAAGUUCAGUAUGGAGUCAUUUUGUCAGUGUUACUGGGUAUGUUGCCUGCCUACCUGCCUAAAAGAUACUGAGUCUAAAUGAUGAACUAAACAUUACUGAAGGGCAAUUAACAGGCUACAUAAGGCUCUUUACAGAGCAAACAGCUCCCUCAUUGGGUUGAAUCUAGUGGUGUCUGUGAAGGAAACCAGGAUCCACCAGGGGCUUCCCACUUAAGGAUGGUUCCUGGGGGGCAAAAUUGUUUGCUUCUGUAGCCAACUCCCUUGGGAAGGGACAUUGGGAUUGCAGUGUGGAUUGGAAAAAAACUCUUUGUCCUAUCAACCCAACCUAUUAUCCUAAGAAUAGGGAUGUUGAGAGUAUGUACCCCCUUACUUGGAUAUUUAUGAGGUUUUUAUUCUCUUUCAUUUCCCAGCUAAAAAGAAAACAGCUCAGUUGUGUAAUUUUCUUAGGCUUAUCAAAAUUAAGAACACAAACUUAAUUUGUACAUAAAAAUCAUUUGUGUGGCUCCUUGAGAUAAAGGAGCAUAUAUCCGCUUGCUACUAAGUAUGUUGGAAAUAAUUUUGGUUCCUGCAAAUCAGCAUUUGGAAUCUGAGCUCCAGUCAAAAAAUACAGUAUUGUUUCUAUCUUUCA